AGAGAAAGCAGAUUUCAUAACAUGAGGCUUCAGUUCUGUUGUUCUGUUUUGCUGUUGUGUUGAUAGCGUUAUUUGGCAUGGACCUCAACCUCAAACACGCCAUGGCCUGCCUGACUGCAUUACUCCUGUUCAUUCUUCAGACCAUCCACGGACCAUGUCAAGCUCAGGAACAAAGUUCUCUGCGUUUUGUUGGUAUUGGAGACUGGGGUGGCAUUCCCUUCUUUCCCUUCUACACAGCUCAUGAAAAGGAGAUAGCUCAGGAACUGGGUCGAGUGGCUGAAAGUGUGGGCUUGGAUUUUGUCUUGAGUUUGGGAGAUCACUUUUAUUACACUGGAGUCAAGGACAUUGAUGAUAUACGCUUCAAGAGUCUUGGAUUUGAAUUUCACUCGUUCUGUUUUCAGGCUACAUUUGAGCAUGUGUUCUCUCAUCCAGCUCUUAUUGGUGUUCCAUGGUAUUUAGUGGCAGGAAAUCAUGAUCACUUGGGAAACGUAUCUGCUGAGAUCGCCUAUUCAACCAGAUCAGAGAGGUGGCAUUUCCCUGAGCUCUAUUAUGAGUUGCAAUUUAAGAUUCCUCACACCAACAUCUCCAUGACGGUCCUGAUGAUAGACACAGUGGUUCUGUGUGGGAACACUUAUGAAGGAGACCAGCCCCAAGGACCAGAGGACCUUAAUCAUGCAGAACAGCAUUUUGAGUGGAUCAAAAGGACACUGCAAAAUACCAAGUCUGAGUAUGUGGUGGUGGCUGGCCACUACCCUGUGUGGUCCAUCGGUCACCAUGGUCCUACUCACUGUCUGGUAAAGGAACUGAGACCACUGCUGAAGAAGUACAACGUCACUUUAUAUCUGAGUGGUCAUGACCAUAAUUUGCAGUUUAUUAGAGAAGAGGAUGGAAGUGCAUUUGUUGUCAGUGGGAGCGGAUUUGUCCUUUCCAACUCCACUCAUCACAAGAAGAGCCUCCCGUCAUCUUGGCAAGUGUUUUCUAGCGCUGUGAAUCACACAUUAGGUGGUUUUGCAUACUUUGAGGUGACCGAGAACAAGAUGUCAAUUAAUUACGUGCAGUUAGAUGGGAAGUGUGUGUAUCAGACCUCUUUGCCUAAACGCACCAUAUGACAGACUGAAGGAGGCUUAUUAAUGAAGUGGCUCUGAAUGAACUGAGCAAAACUGAGUUUCAUUUAUUUUAACUAGCCUCAUUGUACCUGAUCUGAUAAUACAACCCCAGUUCCAAAAUAAUUGAGAUGCUGUGUAAACUGUAAAUAAAAACAGAAUUAAUGAUUUACAAGUCAUGGAAACCCUAUAUUUCAUUGAAAAUAGUACAAAGACAACAUAUCAAAUAUUGACACUAAGAAUUAUUUUUAAAUAUAUGCUCGUUUUGAAUUUGAUGCCAGUAACACAUUUAAAAAAAGUUGGGACAGGGGUAUUUUGUUUUAUCAGAUCAUAGAACACAAUUCCAGUCAAAGUUGUAGUAGAGUUUCGCAAACUUCACUUACAGGUCUGCUUAACUGACAGGAAAAGCUUUUUUUUUUUUUUCUAGCAUGCCUUCCAAACAAUCUGUUAGCAUUGAGGUGGUGUCUGAUUGUGAUUUUGGAGAUUUGGAAACCCCAAGAUUUUACUUUUUCUUGAAAUUCACCAAGAGUGAUUUUUCCCCCUCUUUUCCCAUCCUCCUCACUGUACACGGGGGCAAAAUAAACUUGGGACCUCUUCCAGGCAAGUUUGUAACAGUUCCAAUUGGUGUCCACAUUAUUAUUAUUAUUUUUUUUUGCCCUAAUGGAUAUUUUCAGGCGAGUAGCUUUUUUUUUUUUAAAUAACCAUUCCUUGACUUAUGAAGGUCAACACAGCUCUCCCUCAUUUGGUUUUUACGUUCUCUUAUCUGUCCCAUGUUGAUGGAUGACUAAGGGAAUUUGGUCUCUGUGUCGCCUCAUAUUUGAACCCCGGUUAAUCAGGAAGCCAUGGAUUACAGCUUGAAAGUUCCUACACGCUCCAUUCAACUCAGAAAUGUACAAUUUAAAUGGGAAACAUGCUUCAGUUACAUUGUGUUCACUAUAAUUUCCAAGGGUGCCAAUAAUAGUGGCACGUGUUUUUGUUGAAAAUAAUUAUUUCUUGAUGAGUGAUUUGUUUUUGUUUUUUCCUCUGAAUAAAUUUUUAAAUUAAAUUUUCUAUUAAAAUUUCUCAUUUUUUCAGUGUGAGAUGAAGCUACUUCACCAGAAGGUGGAUUUUUUCUAACCAUUUUUUACUAAUCCUUACAAGGGGGGCCAAUAAUCAUGGAGGGCACUGUAUGUCUGAAACAGUAUAAACAGCAAUAAACACACAA